CAGCCGCGGUGGGAGCAUUACAAGUUGUAGAGAGAGGGAGGGGCCAACCGCUUCCGUUGUAUGGGCAACGGUUUUGCGAAACGGGAGACGGAUGGCAGGGAUAUUUCUUGGCAUAUGGGCUUGCUGGAUGGUCAGGAUAGGCAGCCGGACUUCACUGAUGAGGAUGUGAAGGAGUUUUUGAUGGCAUGGUUUGAUUUUAUUCUUAAGCUACGGGAAUAUAUGAAUGGGUAAUUAUUU